AUGAAAGCUCCACUAAUUUUAUUUGGUGGUAUAAUUGUUCUUUCUCUUGCGGUUGCGAGAGCACUUUCAUGUAUUUGUUCACCAUUAGAAUGUGACGUUCUUACUGAGGAGGAUUGUCCUGGGGGACUUACUUGGGAUCCUUGCAAGUGUUGUAAAGUUUGUGCUCGCGUUGAAGGUGAACCAUGUGGCGGACUUUUUGGAUUUUCUGGUCGUUGUGCGGUUGGACUACAGUGUGUCAUUAAAAAUCUUCGUCCACCUGAUGAAUUGGAUGAAGGAAUUUGUUCAAGUAAGUAUUCCUCAUUUUUUACGCAAUAA